UAUAGAUUGCAGCCAAACAUCUUUUCCUAUUGGAAUUUUGGAGGUCAUAAUGAUUAAUUAAUGAAUGAUGGAGAUGCUCCACAUAUAGAGAGAGUAGAUUGUUGAAUUUUCUACCUCAUAUAUUCUUCAAUACAAAUUAAAACACUCUUCUUCUGUUUGGCUGUUGUUAGCUCGAGCUUGAAGAUUUCAAUGGAAGAACGGUAUGAGAUUAUUAAAGUUAUUGGGUCUGGAAACUUUGGAGUAGCAAAGCUAAUAAGGGAGAAACUGAGUGGUGUGCUCUACGCUGUUAAAGUCAUUGAGAGAGGCCUCAAGAUUGAUGAGCAUGUGCAAAGGGAGAUUAUAAAUCACAGGUCCUUAAGGCAUCCCAAUAUCAUUAAAUUUAAGGAGGUGCUGUGUACUCCAACUCAUCUUGCCAUAGUCAUGGAAUAUGCAGCAGGAGGAGAACUAUUUGGAAGAAUAUGCAAUGCUGGUAGAUUCUGUGAGGAUGAGGCAAGAUAUUUCUUCCGGCAAUUGAUUUCUGGAGUCAGCUACUGCCAUUCAAUGGAAAUUUGCCAUAGAGAUCUUAAGCUGGAAAACACGCUUUUAGAUGGAAGCACAGCUCCACAACUCAAAAUAUGCGACUUUGGUUACUCUAAGUCAUCUGUUCUGCACUCUCAGCCUAAAUCUACUGUGGGAACCCCAGCAUAUAUUGCACCAGAGGUCUUGUCAAGAAGAGAAUAUGAUGGGAAGGUUGCUGAUGUUUGGUCCUGUGGGGUUACCUUAUAUGUGAUGCUAGUUGGAGGUUAUCCUUUUGAAGAUCCAGAUGAACCACGAAACUUUAGAAUCACACUCCAGCGAAUUCUUGAGGUUCAAUAUUGCAUUCCAGAUUAUGUUCGCGUCUCUAAUGAUUGUAGACACCUUCUGUCUCGAAUAUUUGUAGCCAACCCGGAGAAGAGAAUCACAAUCCCAGAAAUCAAAAUGCACCCAUGGUUUCUUAAUAACUUGCCAGUGGAAUCAAUGAAUGAAGGGGGUGAUAUGUUGAGGAAUGAGGUGAAUGGUGUGGUGGAUGAUUCAUCUCAGACCAUUGAGGAAAUACAGUCCAUAAUUCAAGAAGCAGGGAAGCAAGGCCAGGGUCCAAAAGUUGAUGAUGGGCAAUUUGUUGGAGGCAGCAUGGAUCCUGAUGAGAUGGAUGCAUUCACUGAUAUUGAUUAUGAUUAUGUAGAAACAAGUGGUGAUUUUGAUUUUGUUUGUGAAUUGUGAGUACUACUAAGGCCUAAGAGUGUGUUUGAGUUUUCUGACAAUAUUUCUAUUUUUAGAUUGCUGCAUUAAUAUAUGUGAAAUCAGGUUUGGAUUGAUGUAAAUGGAAAAACAAACACACACGCCAAGUUAAACUCAAUUGCGCAUAUUGCUUACGCACAUUUGAAUACCAAUUAGGGCACGAUGAAUGAACUUCCGCUCUAAUCAAUAAAAAGAGUUUUGCUCACUUUUUGACUCAA